CAAACGCGUUCUCUCUUAUAACCUUUGUUGAUAAGCAUUUUCCUUCAGCGCUGACCUUGAGACCAUGCCGCAAAAACCUUUGAAGGCCAACAAGAAAAUUGAAAAAAAGAAGGAAGCCGCAAACAGGCAUGGCAAAACAUCAGUGACAAGGAAAGGCAAGUUUGAGAAGCCUCCGAAAAAGGGAAGAUCCCUUGAGUUGUUCAAGGAUGACAAGGAGUUAUCGAAAGCCAUUAACAAGCGCAACGAAAGCACAGCGGCUGGCAUUGCGGAGCAGUCGGGAGGCAAGCUCAAAGUGAUCAAGGGUCCACCCCCAGUUAUGGCGCCGAAGAACAAGCAAAAGAAAGCGGGGGCAAAGGUGGAGGAAGCGAUGGAGGAGUAAGGCGGAGAGUUUGCCCCUAAUUUUGAGAGUGCACGCAUGUCGCCCGUAACUGGGCUAUGGGGUUGCCGUCAGAGAGCUCUGGCAGCAACGAUGCUCACAAGAUUUGUACACCUGACUGUAUCGAGCUAGGAAAGCUCUGGCUCAGGCUUGGGACGUUGCCAGCUUUGAAUGGCGGAGGGCCAAGGGCUUGGGCCGAUGGCUUCCUAUGUAAUGCUCGUUCUUUUGUAGCUAUGCCUGAUAUCGAUAUGACGCUCGUGUUUGUUGUCGUAUUGGUUGUUGGACAGUAACCCCACUCGUCCUACCGUGGAAGUCGUUGGUCGUUGUGUCCUGUGGUUUUACGACACGCAGCAGAAAAGCUGACAUGGAUGACGGGAAUUCAGUGUUACUCGUUUAAUUGUUAAAAGCUGUGUAAAGGAGUCCUUUCAGGGAACAGGGAAAAAGUUGGGCAUGGGCGCUUUGUUCGCGACAAGGCUGUAACAUGCCAUUACAUGGUACUGAUGUAUUAGCUGGGUUUAUGAUAACGCUUCGAAUACGACCUGAAAUUGGUGAUUACAUUUUGUAACUUUACAUCCUGC